AUGAUUAUUAUUUCUUAUGUAAUUUACUUAUCAGUAUUAUUUUGUGGCUUAAAUAAUACGAAUGAAACAAGAGAAGAAAACAUUAAUGUAGAAUAUUUAAAUAAAAUAAUUAAAGAUUUUCAUAGAUCUAAAACAGAGGUAGGAGCUAAAAAAUGCAUUUUCAUGCCAUAUUUACCUAAGUUUUCUUUUUCAGGAAAAAAUAACAAUUCUUCAUGGUCCUUUUUAAUCAAAGAUUUUGAAAAUUUUGAUAAGAUUACACUUUUUUUAACGACAUUUAAACAAAUUACGCUUUACAAGAUUAAAGAUGUUGUGAUUUGCAAAAAUCAUUUAAAAAUAAUAUGUUCAGGUAUUUAUAUGUUCUUCAAAAAUCUUGUCGUUUCAAACAAAUUUAAUUCGGGGAUACUAGCUCUCAAACAUAUAAGAGAAAAUAAUCGAAAAAGUUUUGAAAAGCCCAAGUUAAAAAAUGUGCUUUGUAAAGCUGUUACUGAAUACAAUAUGAUUAGGCGUAAUGUCAAUUUAUCUUUUUAUCAGUUUUUUUGUUUUCAUUUGUUAAUGUUUUGCGAUGAUGAAAGAAGGAGAUCAUGCAAAAAUUUUAGUAAUAUUAUUUUAAAUUUACUUUAUGAAGCAAUGACCAGCAAAAAUAUUGAUGUACAUCACCCAUUAGUUAAUAAGUUUUUUGAUGUUGAUAGACCAAUCAUGAUUUCUAGUAAUCAUAUAUGUAAGACAUUAAAUUUGUCAAAAAUACAAGCAAUAUUUUGUAGUAUGUAUCUUCGUUUAUUUUUAACAGGAAAAAAAGAUCUUUUUAGUGCAGAUUUGUAA